AAAGCAGGAUGCAGAAGGGCUGCUUAAUUCCAAAGCUUCCCAGAGCCCUGAGAGAAGAGAGGACAAAGGGGGACAGGAGAGAAGAAGACAACAGAAGAGUGAAAAAGCGAAGGAAGAAAAGAAAAGAAAAGAGAAAUGGAAGGUUCCAAGACACACAGCUCUGAAAGCAUGCCUGGAGACUUAUCAGAAGCCCUGAAGGAAGCCACCAAAGAGGUGCAUGAGCAGGCAGAGAGCACAGAGUUCAUGAAGAAUUUCCAGAGGGGGCAGGUGUCACUCCAGGAGUUUAAGAUGGUUAUGGCUUCUCUGUACUACAUCUACUCUGCUCUGGAGGAGGAGAUUGAGCGUAACAAGGAUCACCCAGCCUAUAUCCCCGUUUACUUCCCAGCUGAACUGCACCGUAAGACUGCCCUUCAGGAAGACUUGGAGUAUUUCUACGGCCCACUAUGGAGGGAAGAGAUCUCGUGUCCCGAGUCCACUCAGAAAUAUGUGAAUAGGCUCCACUAUGUGGGCCAGCAUGAACCAGAGCUCCUGGUGGCCCAUGCCUACACUCGGUACUUGGGAGACCUAUCUGGUGGGCAGGUGUUAAAGAAGAUUGCCCAGAAAGCUCUCCACCUAUCCAGUACUGGAGAAGGACUGGAGUUCUUCACCUUUGAAGGGGUGUCCAAUGCCACAAAGUUCAAGCAGCUGUACCGCUCCCGGAUGAACUCCAUCGAGAUGGACCCAGCCACCAAGAAGAGAAUCUUGGAGGAAGCCAAGAGGGCAUUCUUGCUGAAUAUACAGGUGUUUGAGGAACUGCAGAAAUUCGUGUCCCAGUGCCAUGAGAACAGUCACCCUGCACAACAGAAGCCGGAGCUUCGCACAAGAGGCACCAGUGAAGCACAUGAGCAAGGACCAGCUCCUGUGAAAGAAGGUGAAAAGACAUUGAUGAAGCACACAGACAUGCUGCCUAGCACUCCACUGGCACGGUGGAUUCUUGUCCUCAGCUUCCUAGUGACAACGGUUGCUGUGGGCUUGUUUGCCAUGUGAACAGAAGGGCCCUGCCCUCCUGCCGCUCCCUCCCCAAACUAACACACCUAAUGCCGUCCAUCCAGCCCUCAACCCGGACACUCUGAUCUUGGCUGUGCCACUAACGCUUUUCCAGUGGAUUCAGAGCACUCUGAAGCCUUCGUGUGAAUUCUCUCUGAUCUGCGCUGAGAGCAUUUCUGAACCCGCAGACUGAACUCAACCAAAAAGCUGAGGCAGAAUCAGAAAGGUCCUGAAAGGCCCUGCUGGGACGUGGCACUGCUUCAAACAGUUCCUGCAAAGAGCCCCAGAUGUAAAGCACAGGCCUGGUAGCUUCCCUGCUGCCUGGGAAAAAGCCUUACUGGUGCUUUGUUCACUCCGUGUUUUGUACAGCUGGCUGAUGCAGCAGCGAUUGCUUCUGUGGAGUGAUGAGGCUCCACUUGGAUUGUAGACUGUUUUUAUAUGACACUAUUAGCCCAUUAUAGCAUAUUUUCCCAAUCAUGACUUCAGAUCAGUUGUUGAAAAUACAGUGUUGUCCUUGUGUCCUGUCUGUAUAAUUUAUAGACUAACAAUAAACCUCAAAGUAAGAAGA